CCGCUCCAGGGAAGCAAACUUGGGAGGGACGUCUUUUCCUUCGCCGCCUCUUUCAUAGUCUCUCUCUCCCUAGCUCCGCGAAUGGGAGGCGCCCGAGGUGGUCACGUGAGCUCUUGCCGCGCUGGCGUCAUUCCAACGCUCGCGUUUGAGACGGGGGACGCCGCGCGCGCCUUCUGACUACGCGUCGUGCAGUGGUCGCAGUGGUGGCGGUUGUCUGCUGGAGAUUUCCCCCCUCGCGCUGCUGCUGCCGUGCCAUCUGAGCGUGGUGCGUUUGCCCGUGGCGUUGGAGUGCGCGGUCGUCGUUUCCCAUCGGUGACGAACAAGAAAAGUGACGUCGUUCAAACGCGGUAGAAGCAAGGUCGGGCUGUGUUUUCGCGCGUGCCGUGGCUGCGGAAGGUGACGUGGUUGCCCAGGUUGACGCUACCCCGACGAUUCCAACGUUAAUAACCCCGUGUUCGGUGAAUUCUCAGUCGGUCGUCGUUCCGACGGUGUGCGGUGCGCGUUUGUGUCGAGUGUGCGACAGGCUCACCGCAACGACGGCGUGACGUGCUACCACUACAACCGAUCCAGCGAGGAACGUGCGGAUUCUUGCUUCGCUUGACGUGGGAUUUUGGAUUCGCUCCGCGACAUCGCCGUCCCCACCUGCGACGCCCCAGAGGAGGUGUUCUUUAUUUUAUUUUCUUCCUGUGUUGUUCGUUUGGUUGCCCUAUCGAGGAUUGCUGGCAUGGCACGCGACGGCAACUUCUUCGGGCUUCCGGCUUUGGCAGCGACGGCGGCGAUCGUCCUCGGCUGUCUUGUCGUGCCGGGCAGCAGCCAGUUCGCGGACUGCAGCGCCACCAGGGCGCAGCAGUGUGAGACAGUGUUGCUGGCACAGCAAGUUAACGACGCCUCCAGGGCCACCGUCCCCGAGCUGCUCUCCCGAUGCCGGUACAUCCGGCAGAACCUCAACUGCCUGCUCAACUACACGUCCCAAUGCCUGCCCCUGGAGCAGAAGGAGGAGAAGUCCCAGAUCAUCAGCUCGGCGCGAAAGUACGCGUACGCCACGUGCGAGGACCGGGACGCCGUCAAAGAGCACUGGAAGGAUGGUGCAUGCUUUCAGAAGCCUGAAGUUCAACGCUGCAAUAAUGAUUAUGAUAUGCAGAUGAAGAAAUACCAACUGAAUAGCAAGUACCCAUCUGAAGAACAGUGCAGGCGGUACAUGAACUACCAAAGGUGCAUGCGGCGGGCCACUAGCUUGAUGUGCAACAAGGAGGGAGUUGAGUUCCUGGGCCUGUUCCUGUAUGACCGGGAGCCGACACUGUCCUGGAUGUGCAGCGACGAUUACCGGCAGCCGCCCCGCAUCGAGAGUGUGCCCACUCCAGCAGCAAUCAACCAGGCAACCUGUAUGAGCCUCGUGAAGAGCGACAUGCAACGGUGCUCUGACAGACACAACAAGGCCACAGCCGGCCUUAGCAACCGAAAGCAGUCGUCCAGCCGCAAGUCCACAGGGCUGCAGCUGUCCGAGGAAGAGUACAAGACUAGGCACUGCUGCGCCUUCGGAGAGUAUGCCCACUGUGUCCGCACAGCCGUCCAGGUCAAGUGCAGCACAGAUCGCAACGCCCUCGUCGAGAGCAUCAUACAGCAGACGCUAGAAUUCAUCGGGCACCACUGUGACAACUACUACUAUGGCUCAAGUCUCUGCUCGGCCGCGACGCCAGUCGUGUCAACGAGUGCAGUGAUGCUUGUCCUUGCGAUGGUCUCGGCCUGCCUCGCUGUGCAGCACUGAUUUAUUGCCUUGCACUGUGAGAGGAUGGCGCUCGCGAGACAGCACCUGCCGCGCUGGUGAUAGGUGGGGCGUCUCGAACGAUGCCCGACGGAAACAGUGAGAGGAAGCAGAAUGUGUAUUGUUCGCAGCAGUGCAAACAUCUUCGAACAAGGCAUUUUAGUAGAAAGCCAGGUACGGUCAGUUUCCUGUUGAUAAUACUUUAGAUGCUGUUAUUUCUGACAUUGCUGGCUGGACCAACAUGUGGACCACAGAUCAGAGACGUUUGAGCUGGAACAAGGGCAGCUAAAGAAGCCGCUGCAUGUAGCUCUUGCAGAAAAGUUGCCAGAAAGAGCACUAAAAAAAUUUCUCUUAUCAAAUGUGCUUAGAAAUCUCGUCCUGCUGCUACCAUCAUGAGAACAUUUUUCAUUGUUGUGUGAACAACGAGUGACCACGCAUUGAGUCAUGUGUUGUUAAGGCAUAUACAUACACUCACACCAGCUUCAGGUUAUUCAGAAGCAUUGCCAUUCGUCUUGCAAAGACGAAAUUGAAAAGGGCCUGCUGCCAACCUAAUGCUUUUCAAGCUUUGCAUCAGAGCAUGUGACACUUGACAGAAGGCUACAAAAAACGGGUUAAAGACUAAGAAAGCGCUGAAAUAGCUUGAUGACGGUAUGUCCUGGCUCGUGUCGCUCAUUUCAAAAGCCCAGUGCUCUGCAACGAAAGAGGUUGAGGAGGAAAUGCAUGCGCUAGGAGACGGUGGGGCAAGAAAGAAGAAACGACAUCAAAAAGAAUUUCGCACAAACCUUACCAGUAUGCUAAAAAGAAAAAAAAAAGAUACCCUAUAUGCUGUUUGGUUGGUUCCUGAGCCACUGCGAAUGUUGUCAUUGUCACCUCUGGCUAAUCAUGCUACUUUGACGUUUGAUCCAAGCGUGCAGUAAUCUCUUGGAAGAAAAUGUAGGCGGAAUACUGUAAAAUAUUACACAUAAUGAGAACUAGAAUACAACACAACUUACAUAUUUAGGGAAACGAAAAUGAAUACAGAUAAUAUGACUAAGAAACAUCUGAAGAGUCAAAUUCUGGUAAUGUAGUUAUAUAUAUAGUACAUGAUGCAAAUUAAGCAUGCCAACAUCCUAAUAUCGUACAGCUUAUAACACUUACUUUUCUUGAACAUAUAAAAGCAAACAGACACUUUGAAAACUUCUAGCACAUAGACAUACUAUGAAAUACAGUUUCAAGUACUAAAACUCAGAAAAAAGUUCUUAUUGUGAGAUUUUAUGGCAGUUCUUGCUAUCUUUAUUAUGUACAUGUGGAUAUGCAGCCCAAAAAUAGUUUGUUUUAAAUGCAUAGCUGAGGCAUGUUCUUAACAUGGCAUGAUUUUCUUUUAGCCCUGAAGCAUGCAGUUGACUAUUGUGAAUGAUGACUCCUUUGCAAUGCUGUGGUGACAUGUAUGACACAUAGGCAUUUAAUAAGACAAAUGAAGCAUGCAAGUCACAAUUAAAUCACUCAUGUCCCACUUUACACGACAGUGUGGACAUCGAGAGUCAAGGCCACUACUUUGGUAGUGGUAUUUGCAUCGCGUUCUGCGUAGGCAUUUAACUUCCAGAUGGAUUGGUCCAGAAGAUGGGGCAGUUGUCACUGGUCGCCAGGUUAACUGCACAAAUGCACUAAGCAUUACGGGCUACCUGCUCAUGGUGGACAGUACGAUCCAUGGUUGAAUAAAAUACCUGACCGCUAUUAAGGCCUAUGUAAACAGAACAUUUCUUCGCCUUCAUCAGAAAUAGGUGACUAAUAUUAUCAUUUGUAUAUACGUUUAUACUUAAAAAUUUACUGUCUGGGCCUUUAUGUCAUGUCUAAGCAAUAAUUGAUGGUAAAAUACUAACCUAUGGCUUCCUUUAGCGGUGAACCAUCCGCACAUGUCUGUUCCUUCCCUCUAUGGCCAAAGGAUAAGUGACAGAUUUUUUGACAAAGAAGCAAACAUUUGUGCAAGGCCAGCUACUCACAACUUCUAUGCUCUGUGUCCAGUCACAACUUUCGAGAUGGCAUGCCUCAGUCUUAACAGCAAGCUUGUCGUGCAGACAAGGCUGAAAUAUGUUACCCAAGGCAGUACCUGGAAAGUUACUGUCAAACAUUAGCUUCAAGGGCUAUGUUUUUGUUUUCAGAUGCCAUUACAGCGAAUGAAUUAUGGUCUGAUGCUGCAUCAGCCACAACUCACAGUUGGUGCAAAAGCGAAUCCAUCACUGCCCUGAGCACCCCACAGUCGUCACUUAACUCAAGAAACGAAAUUCAAAAUAGAUGCACGGCGAGUAUAAGCUAGUUUUCAUGAUUAGCUACAUUUUUUUUUUAGUCUGCUCAUCUAGCCACUGCAAUAAUCCCUUAAAUUGACACAUGAUUGACAAAUUCCUUGGAAAAUAGAUGGUUGAUAGCAAUUAACCAACAGCGAGCUGUUUCACAGCUGGAGAUGCUCACCUGCAGUUGCUUUCUUGCAACAGUCCUCGUUGAAUAGGCAUUAGGAGGUUUAGUAAUUUUAUGUUAAUGCCAGCUGUCAUGUUUUGUAAGGAGUGCCCUGCCAUGGAAAACAAGUAACCUGCCGAGACUAAAUGUCCUCAUAGUGAACCUGCGUCUGGAACAAAAACGUCUUCAUGAGAUUUCAUUGCUAUUUAGAAGUUCGUACAGAAAUUGUUGCAAGUUAAUCUGCUAGAAGCUUUCUGACUAUGCAGCUUCAUCGUUGCCAAACUUUAGCUUUAGCAAUUUUAGCUUUUCUUAUUUGAUUUUUUUGUACAGUGAACUGUCGAAGCCCUCUAAAAUCAUUGAUGCUACUGCAAAAACGAACUUCACUGAUUCAGGCUAUUAGCAAUGCCCUCCAGGUCACCAACGUCGCCUAAGACACCAUCCAUUAAGCUGAAGCCUUUGGCACCCUGUUCAUUGGAUGCACAAAUGUGGGCAUCCACAUUUUAAUGUUGGGAGAUUGUGAUGUUUACAAAUUAUCAGAACCAGCCUGUAAACAUUAAACUAAUUCACUCCAACACAUUAAUCAAUACAGUUCUUUUGGACCCGAAUGAGACAUCAAGUGAGCUGUAGUAAGCACAUCCUGUAAAGUGUUUAGUUUUGUUUUAUCAAUGAAGCAUGGAUAAAUAUACAUGGCCAAACAAA